AUGCACGCCCGGACGGGCACGUGCAGACCUAGCCCCGAGCCAGUGAGGCCACGUGCUAAUCCACGAGGUUUAAUGCCCAAGAGGGACUGGAAGGAAGCGAGACAGCCCAGGGCAAGCUCCCCACGUAGCGCCAUGCCACGUGGCCAACGCCGCCCAGGGCAUGGGUCCCGGGAAGGCACUGGCAAGGGACUGCAGGAACCUGGCCACGUGGCGUCGCCGCCUGGGGCGACGCCUGGCAUCACGCAGGAAGCCCGGCCGGGCACGCCCGUCCGUGCACGGCGCGAAGCCUGGCCCCUAGGGCAGCCCAUGGUACCCAGCAGAUCGGCGUCAGGGAGCACGUGUGGAGGCGGGAAGGGUAGCCAAGGGCGGGAGGGGAAGCCUAGGUACUCCCUGACGCCCACCCACAAGGACGGCGCCGAUCGACGUGGCGUGGGCCCCAGCGGACGGGCCCCCGAGGGCAUAGGCCCACCAACGCCAGGCCACGUGGCGUCGCCGCCAAGGGCGAUGUCGUGCCGGUCACAGGGAGCCAGGCAGGGCUGGCGCCCGGGCCUGGCACGCAGCAGGCCCGCUGGGGCGUUUCCAAGGCACACAUGCAGGCCUCUAAGGACAUGGCACACACAUGCCGGCCCUAGGCGUGCACCAGCAGCAAGCGACAGCAGCGGCAGCGCAGUGUGGGCCCGAAGGGCACUCCUGGAUCCCCUAGGGUAG